AUGCACUGCCGCAAGCGGCUCCGCUCCGACCCUGCCUACGCUCGCGUGGGGCCAGACACCACGCACUCUGUUCAGCUGACCACUCUCCCCGACCUGGUCCUCCACCACAUCAUUUCUGGACUCGAGUGGAAGGACGCCGUUGCUCUGCGGCAGGUCGAUCGCGCCUGCCAGCUGCUCGUCCUGCGUGACCACCGGCCGCUCCGAUUCGUUCUGGUUGUGCUCCUUCCGCGCGUGCUCGAUGCCCUGCCCCAGGAUCGUGUCACCUCGCCCUUCCAUGCGGUGUAUUGGGAUUGGUUCAAGGCGGCGCAAACGCGCGACUUUGCCACGCGAGCACCACUUGUUGACGACCACGACGAGUGCGACGACGACGAAGAAGAAGAGGACGAUUUUGAGCCGCUCGAAACCGACGAGCUCGAGCUGCUGCAACGGGACGCAUUGCAGAUCGCUCCUCCUUCCGUCGCUGACGGCGGUGAUGACGCUGCGAUGGACCUUGAGCCCAUCACCGAAGGAGAUGACAACGACGACGAUGAAGGAGAGGACACUGAUGAUGAUGGUGACGAUGAUGACGAGGAUGUUGGUGAAGGUGCCAAUGACAAGGUGAAGCUGGAGCUGGAGCACCUGCAGGCGUGGAGGCUGCAGAUCGAGGCGCGCCUGCACCAGCUCUCCAUCGAGGAGCCCAACUACUGGCGCAGCGACGCAAGGAGCCACCAGAUCCACAACAGCUACGCCGCCGGCCCCUGCCGGGCGGGCAAUGAAGGCCGGGGAUGGAGCGAGGAGAAGAUGGCCAUCAUCGUUUCGAUCAUCAAAAAGGGCGAAGAGGCGAUCAACGUCGCCUGCAUUCUCGAGCUGUGCGCUCCUGGCGGUGGUGGAUGGACACUGAGCCUUGCGGAGCGGGGAGGCCACGACAACUUCAGACCCGCCUCCCGACUCAGGAUCGAUCGCAGAACAGAACGGGGCUGCUACGUGCACCUCUUAAACUGGCACUCCGAGGCCUACAUUUCUGAUAACAUUGUCAAUACGGAGCUGUUGGUCGAGGUGGCGCGUGCGCUGGGCAUCCCUGAUUGGUCGCCGGAUGAGUACGUGUCCAACAUGUUGAUUGGCAUCUCCGCCCUUGUCAUGACGAGCUCCGCCACACUAGACUAA